AUCAACAUUAUUUCCGAGUACAGCUUAGAUUUCGAAUCAACGUUUGAAGACAUUCCAAAUUAUUCAUAGUUUAUAUAGUUAACAAUAAUUUGUUCAUUUUACUCACAAUGUCGCAUCAACUAAAUGCCCAAUGCCCGUUCCACUACAUGUGGGGUAAUCGCAAAUCCAACCCAGCUGGAGACGAGGAUCAAGACGCUCCAAAAAAGGAGCCAGAGGCAGGAAAAAUGCCACCGCCACCGUUCGAUGGCGAGAUGGCAACCUAUUUCCAUGUGGGCGGCUGGGCAAAGGAGUUGCUCACCUACGGAUUCCAGCUGGAUGCCUGGCAGAUGCAGUGCUGCUCGAAGUCGAGGGAAAAGCUAUAUAUCAGCAGUUUCGGCGAGGGCUAUCCGACAGCAAAGUCAGUUUUUGGCGGAGUCCAGGGAAUCCAUAAGUCUCGUAACUUUCAUAUUUCAUAUGGCUGGUUGUCGUCUCAGGACUUCUUGAACGAGAUUGGGUUUCAGGGCCGUGGUCUUGGCGGGAGUUGGUAUGCCACAAUUAAGUCAGUAGUUGGCAACAAAAAUGAAAUGUUACUUUCCAGUAAGAUACUGGGUGGUUUCGAAAAGAGUCGUCUUAAAACAGAGCUGAUGGUACCAAUAUAUAAGGAUCCCCUUUGUAUCGGCUAUUUUCUAGUGUCACCCAUCCAAAACUGGCUUCUUGGCUAUCGUGGAGUUUAUAAUUUUGAUGAAAAAGAAUUCCACAAGCAUGGUCUCUGUCUGGGCUAUUACAAUGGAAUUACCGAAGUUGGAAUGAAGCUAGAGAACUUCAAUGAGCUACGAGGAUCGAUCUUCUACCGAUUGGGAAAAAACUUGGCUUUUGCUCUCAAAGCGAAUCUCUAUAACUCCGAGGAUGACCGACAGUUUGUGGUUGGAGCUCAGUAUAUGUUUCAAUAUGGAUCGCUGCUUAAAGUCAAGAUCCGGGAUGAUGCCAAAAUUGGUUUGGUCUACCAAUCAAAACUAUCUCCCAAUAUCGAUGUGUUAUAUCAUAUUGGCCUUGAGGGCUCAGAUCCUUUGAAGGGCGCCCACAAACUUGGCGUUUCUUGUGACUUCCACUGCUAAAAGCAAGCCAUCCUAGUUCUCGAGUUUAAACAGCUUCUCGAUAUGGAAUAUUUAUCUUUUUCGGACAUUGAAGAAUAUAUGUAAUUCUGUAGAAGGUCAAGACCUGGAAGCCAGCGUGGAACCGUACAAUCAUUUCGUCAUCUAUAACUUUAAGCAGGUUGCCAGCUAUAUAUUUUUGAAUUUUGUAAAGCUCAUUGCAAUACUCAAUAAUAUAACAAUAUUCAAUAAUAUGUAACAUUUUAUACUCUAAUAAAAUGGUCAAUCAAGAGGAAAUUAA